CAUCAACUUCGGCAUUGAGCAUCAGAAAUUGUAACCAUCAAUACCUUCGAGUUAACCAAAUCACAACAAAUUUACAUCGAAAUAUGGAUCACAGAUUCUCAAAACAUGACACUGGAGUUGAGAUCAAAUCAACUAAGGGAUUACUAUUAUCUAAACCUUAUGAACCCUGUCACUCAAUUUCUUCCGCUUCUUCCAAGAUCAACGGCAUUGAAAGAGAAGCAAGUUCAAGUCGCAAGUUAAUUGAAAUCAUGAAACAGAAGUUGAGUCAUGGUGCCCAAAUGAUUCAACUAGGCAGCACUCCAGGUAAAAUCUUUAGGAAAACCUUCGGUAUCAGAGAGGAAGAGAAGCUGUUACAGGCUUCCCAAUGCUUCUUGUACACUACAGCAGGCGAGCUGUUAAAGUUCCAAUAUAAGGUGUCAAUCCCGUUAGGAAAGAUAAAAGGAGUAAGAGAAAGCAUGAACAUGAAGAAGCUGUCAUAUAACUAUGUGGAGGUAGUGACUGUUGAUGAUUUCAGCUUUUGGUUUCUGGGCUUUGAAAAUUAUAAGAAAACAUUAAGAUACCUCCAUCAUGCAAUCGGCCUUGAAUGCUUAAGCAAUUGA